AUGUCUUCCCUCAAGGGCCCGGCUCCUCAGCACCACGACGGCUCCAGCCUCCGCAUCGGCAUCGUCCACGCCCGCUGGAACUCAACCAUUAUCGACCCUCUGGUCGCCGGCGCAAAGGCCAAGCUGCUCGAGGCCGGCGUCAAGGAGUCCAACAUUGUCAUCCAGUCCUGCCCCGGCUCCUGGGAGCUCCCCAUUGCUGUUCAGCGGCUCUUCUCGGCGUCGCAAAUCCAGUCCAAUGCCUCCGGCGCCCCCUCAGCCACCGACCUCCUCGGCGCCUCAACCAGCGACCUAACCGCUCUCUCCACCGGCGCAAACUCCAGCGGCCCCUUUGACGCCAUCAUCGCCGUCGGCGUCCUCAUCAAGGGCGAGACCAUGCACUUCGAGUACAUCGCCGACGCCGUCUCCCAGGGCCUCAUGCGCGUCCAGCUUGACAUUGGUAUCCCCGUCAUCUUUGGUGUCCUGACGGUGCUCGACGACGAGCAGGCCAAGUCCCGCGCGGGCAUCAGCACCAGCGCCGCCGGCAAGGGCCACAAUCACGGCGAGGACUGGGGCCUGGCGGCUGUGGAGAUGGGCGUCAAGAAGAAUGAGUGGGCGACGGGCAAGAUUCAGGGCUAA